ACAUUUCUGGUUCUUUACAAGGCUAGUGUUUCUAGUUUUUGCCAGCUUAAGAAUGGAAAAGGUUUUCCGGUAUCAAAAGUUAAUGCGACCCAGUUCACAACAUUGCUGUGUGCCGUUGUGUGUUGUGUCGGCAAGGUACAACUCGGCUGUAAGCUUUCAUUCAUUUCCAGUGGAAGAAGGUCUUAGGAAAAAGUGGAUCGUUCAGAUCAGGAGGGAUGACUUCCAAGUAACAAAAAACACAAAAGUGUGUAGCGUUCAUUUCAGAGCGGAUGACUUUAUGGAAGGGACUCGUCUGAGAUGUCUCAGAAAAGGUGUUUUCCCUACUCUGUUUGAGUGGAACCACUUCCAGGAGCAGCCGCCGAGGCUGAGUGUUUGGGAACGUCGAGAGAGACCGCUGACCCCUGAUCCUGACUCGGACGUAGACGAAGUUAUGGACUUUGAUGUGGAGAGGACUGGGCAUGAUUACUGUUCGGUACCCGAAGCUGCAGCUGUGGACAUGGUGCUACAUGAAAACUCGGAGUUAAAGAGUCAGGUUGAAGACCUACGGAAGCAAUUGGCGCAGUCAAAGAUCAUACACCGCUUUGGUCUUCAGCGAUUUGCUGGGUCCGAUGACGACAUACGCUUUUAUACAAGAUUUGCAACAUAUAACCACCUGAUGGCCUUCUGGAAGCUGAUUGAGCCGGCAACUCACAGGAUGAUUCGGUCAAAUUCCAAAGUUUUCAAGGAGCCUGGAAACACUCGGGCACUUCCUGCAGUCGAUGAGCUCUUCAUGUUCUUGGUAUAUCUCUCCUUAGGCCUCAAGCAAAAGGACCUUGGUCAUCGUUUUCAAGUACAUCAGACCACCGUAAGCCGCAUCAUAACAACUUGGGUCAACUUCCUGUACUUUGUCCUAGGGUCAGUGUGCAUUUGGAUGCCGAAAGAGCAAGUACGAGCCCAUCUGCCAGAAGAAUUUCAUAAAUUUCGAGACACACAAGUUAUUCUAGACUGUACAGAGAUCCGCUGCCAAACACCUUCCUCUUUGCUACUGCAAAGUGAGGUCUUUUCAAAUUAUAAGUCGCACUGCACCUUCAAAGCUUUAAACGGAAUGGCACCUCAUGAAAGACAGUGA